UUCGAAUCAGCCUUUAAUUUCUGAAAGGAAAUGAAAUAAGAACGAAACUGGUACGAAAAGAAAAGAAAAAAAAACGCGCGUCAUUGAAUUUUUCUAUUAUUGGAUGAGUAGUUUAAAUCGGAGAUGGUCAGCAUUAUAUUGGAUCUACAUUAAUAUACGAACAUACAUAUAAGAACAAAACAACUAUAGUAAAAUACAUUGAUAGCGAUCUAGAUCUAUUUUGAGUCUCAUAUUUAUUGUUAUACUAUUCCAAUUCAACAAUUUUACCAUUCAAAAUGGAAUCGUGAGAUUUGAAAAAGAAUAAAAAAAAGAAAAUGGACGUCAUCUGUCAAAGGAAUAUAUAACCAUAAAUAUUUUUUCAUAAAACGUUGUACGAUACUACGAAAUUUAAAAUUUAAAAAAAAAAUAAAAUAAAAAAUGCCGCAACAUAAAAUACCAGUCAUUUUGAAAUUGCCAAAAUUAUGGAAAUUAUUUCUAACCACCGCGAUACUAUUACAAUCAUUAGUCAAAUCAUAUUUAUUGAUAGUUAGUGAAACGGUGCCACCAGGAACAAUAAUUUUCAAUGCUUCCGUAUACAAAUUAGGCUCAGAACGCCAUUAUAAGCUCAAUACACACAAAUCAGCACAUUUUGUACACCACUUAAUAGAUGUCAAUCCAAAGGAUGGACAAAUACGACUGAAAAAGCAUCUACACUGUGAUGGGAUAUUUUAUCCAAAUUUAUUUACGUUUUACAUCGAUUCCAUAUCAACUCAGUUGAGAAGUAUUGAUUACUACAGUUUGCCAUUAAGAAUAUUUGUUUCAGGAAAAGAAUGCAAUCAUGACCAUCGAGUUGAAAUGUAUGGACGUCUUUUUGAAGAAGAAGACACAGGUUAUAUGAGAAAACGCCGAGAAAUCAGUUCAAUUUCUUAUGAAGAUGAUAAUAGAUUCUAUGGUGAAUACAUAGGUAAAGACCAUCAUUUACCAUUUAAAGAAGGUGAUAUUAUAUUUGGUAGCCCAGAACUAAACGACGUACGUCAUGAGAUUUUAAGUAGAAAACGACGAUCGAAAGGUUUUUUAAAAGACUUCGACAAAAGAGCACACCGCAGAAUCGCUGAUGCUAAACAAUGGAUUUCUGAAACCUAUGCUUCUUAUGCUAUACACACAACAGAUAAAUGGAAUCAAAUAUGUUUGAAGAAAUCACAAUUUGUAAAUAAUUUAAAUGCCUUUUUGCCUAAAACAAUUUGUCAAAAUUGUAAAGUUAAUUUUUUGGAUGUAAACGACGAACGUUUUAAAAUUGAAACUCAAAGUAGAGAUUUGGUUGCAAGUAAAGAUGUUUGUCUGCAAGAACCCAUGUGGAAAGUUAUUAUCACAUUUAAUAUUAGAUGCAAUAGAAAUGACAUCGUAGAUUCAGACCAUCGAUUGAAAAUUGUAUAUCAUCACCAAGAAUUCAACGAUACUGAUAUAGCAAAACGUGUUAAACGAGAGCUUAGAAAUCAAAGUCCUUAUUUUGAACAAGCACUUUAUGUAGCGUCAGUAUUAGAAGAGCAACCAGCUGGUGCCAUAGUUGCAACUGUACGUGCGAGAGAUCCGGAAGAUUCUCCAGUGGUGUAUUCAAUGGUGUCAUUAUUAGACUCUCGAUCACAAUCUCUAUUUAAAGUUGAUUCAAGAUCAGGAAUUAUAACAACAUCUGCUAGUCUAGAUCGAGAACUGAUGGAUGUACACUACUUCCGCGUAGUUGCAACCGACGAUAGUUUUCCACCAAGAUCAGGUACAACAACAUUACAAGUUAAUGUUUUAGACUGUAAUGAUCACACGCCAACUUUUGAGGCGGAGCAAUUUGAAGCCAGCAUACGGGAGAGCGCAACUGUUGGAUCCACUGUCAUUACCUUAAGAGCUACUGAUCAAGAUAUUGGUAAAAAUGCUGAAAUUGAAUAUGGAAUUGAAAGUGUAACCGGUGGCGGCUUAACCACCCAUGAACAAGAUUCCCAGACAUUUAGAAUAGAUGCGCGAACUGGAGUAAUAGUAACAAGAAGCAAUUUAGAUAGAGAAGCUUCAGACGUCUACACAAUUUUAGUAACUGCAACUGAUAUGGCAACUCCGCAAAGUGAAAGAAAAUCAGCAACCGCUACUGUAGUAGUUAAAAUAUUGGAUGACAACGACAAUUACCCACAAUUUUCUGAACGUACAUAUACUGUUCAAGUAAAUGAAGAUCAAUGGUCUGACAAUAAAGUAGUAGCUCAUAUUCACGCAACAGAUGCCGAUCAAGGAAAUAACGCGGCUAUUCGUUAUGCGAUCAUAGGCGGAAAUACUCAAUCCCAGUUUUCUAUUGAUUCCAUGAACGGAGAUGUUACGCUUGUAAAGCCUCUAGAUUAUGAAAGUGUAAGAAGCUACCGCCUUGUAAUUAGAGCGCAAGACGGUGGUAGUCCCUCCCGUAGUAAUACAACACAGCUCUUAGUGAAUGUUAUAGAUGCUAACGACAAUGCACCCCGUUUUUACACCUCACAAUUUCAAGAAGCCGUAUUAGAAAGUGUGCCAGUUGGGUAUAACAUUAUUCGAGUUCAAGCAUACGAUUCAGAUGAAGGAGCAAAUGCUGAAAUUACCUACAGUAUUUCGGAAAGAGAUGAUAGUUUUCCUCUAGCAGUAGAUCCACGAACAGGAUGGAUCCAAACAACUAAGCAACUUGAUCGAGAAGAACAAUCAAGAUAUGGUUUCCAAGUUAUAGCAGUGGAUGGAGGUAUUCCACCUAAAUCGGCAAGUUCAUCUGUUAUUAUAACUGUGCAAGAUGUGAAUGAUAAUGAACCUACUUUUAAUCCGAAAUAUUAUGAAACAAUGGUUGGGGAGGAUCAACCUCCUGGUACACCUGUUACAACUGUUACAGCAACUGAUCCUGAUGAAGAUUCUCGACUGCAUUACGAAAUAAGCACCGGUAAUACACGUGGGAGAUUUGCUAUUACAUCGCAAAAUGGAAAGGGUUUAAUAACAGUCGCCCAACCUCUUGACUAUAAGCAAGAGCGCAGGUUCAUUUUAAAAGUAACAGCAACCGAUUCUGGUGGUAAAUCUGACACUGCAACAGUUAAUAUUAAUGUUACUGAUGCCAACAACUUUGCGCCCAUUUUCGAAAAUGCACCUUACAGUACGUCUGUUUUUGAAGAUGCUUCAAUAGGAACUACAGUAUUAGUGGUUUCAGCAACCGACAGUGAUGUGGGAAUUAAUGCGCAAAUAACAUAUUCAUUAAAUGAUGAAACUGUAAAUGGCCUCGGUUCACAUGAUCCUUUCACCAUUAAUUCGCAAACAGGUGCUAUAGUCACAAGUGCUCUUUUAGAUCGAGAAACUAUCAGUGGAUAUUUAUUGACUGUAACUGCUAAAGAUGGUGGACAUCCCUCCUUAAGUGACACAACUGACGUUGAAAUCAGUGUAACCGAUGUAAAUGAUAACCCCCCAUCAUUUAAGGUACCUUUAUAUCAAGCCUCCAUAUCUGAAGAUGCAUUGAUUGGUACCCCAGUUGUUCAAAUAUCUGCAACUGAUCCUGAUAUGGGUCUUAAUGGACGAGUAAAGUAUUUAUUUAGUGAAAAGGACAUUGAAGAUGGUUCAUUCGUAGUAGAUCCAACAUCUGGAACAAUUCGUACCAAUAAGAACCUAGAUAGAGAAAGUGUUGCAACGUAUCACUUAACCGCAAUUGCCGUUGACAAAGGCUCGCCACCGUUAAGUAGCACAGUUGAGGUUCAAAUAAGGUUAGAGGAUGUCAAUGAUUCACCUCCUACAUUUGAAUCAGAUAAAAUAGUGCUUUAUGUUCCCGAAAAUUCUCCAGUUGGAUCUGUUGUCGGUGAAAUACAUGCUCAUGAUCCGGACGAAGGAGUUAAUGCUAUAGUACAUUAUUCAAUCAUUGGGGGCGACGAUUCAAAUUCGUUUUCAUUAGUAACUCGACCAGGUUCAGAACGGGCGCAAUUAUUGACUAUGACAGAAUUAGAUUAUGAAUCCUCCAGAAAAAAAUUCGAACUAGUAAUUAGAGCAGCUAGUCCUCCUUUACGAAAUGAUGUUCAUGUUGAAAUUAUGGUCACUGAUGUGAAUGAUAAUGCACCCGUUUUAAAAGAUUUCCAAGUAAUUUUCAAUAAUUUUCGAGACCACUUUCCUAGUGGAGAAAUAGGAAGAAUUCCAGCUUUUGAUGCUGAUGUCACAGAUAAAUUAACAUAUCGAAUUUUAAGCGGCAAUAACGCAAAUUUAAUUAAAUUAAAUACUUCUAGUGGCGGAUUGAUAUUAAGUCCGCAAUUGAAUACCAAUGUGCCAAAAUUCGCUGCAAUGGAAGUUACAGUAACAGAUGGAAUAAAUGAAGCAAAGGCCGUUAUGCAAUUAAUAGUACGUUUGAUAACAGAAGAUAUGUUGUUUAACUCAGUAACUGUUCGAUUAAAUGAAAUGACGGAAGAAGCGUUUUUGUCCCCGUUAUUGAAUUUCUUUCUAGACGGGUUGGCAGCUAUUAUUCCUUGUCCUAAAGAAAACAUUUUUAUAUUUUCAAUUCAAGAUGACACCGAUGUAACAGCUAGAAUAUUAAAUAUUAGCUUUUCAGCACGAAGACCGGACAUAUCACACGAAGAAUUUUACACUCCGCAGUAUUUACAAGAAAAAGUUUAUCUCAAUCGCGCCAUUCUAGCUAGGUUAGCUACUGUAGAAGUUCUACCAUUUGACGAUAAUUUGUGUGUUCGUGAACCAUGCUUGAACUUUGAGCAGUGUCUUACAGUUUUAAAAUUCGGAAAUGCUUCAGAUUUCAUUCAUAGUGACACGGUACUCUUUCGUCCAAUAUAUCCCGUCAAUACAUUUGCUUGUGAAUGCCCGGAAGGUUUUACAGGUAGUAAAGAACACUAUUUAUGCGAUACUGAAGUCGAUUUAUGCUAUUCUAAUCCAUGUCAAAAUAAUGGUAAAUGUCAACGUCGUGAAGGCGGAUAUAGUUGCAUUUGUGGACCGGACUAUACUGGAGCUAAUUGUGAAACCGAUAUUCGAAAAAUGAAACCAUGUACACAGGAGUUAUGCGAAGGUGGCUUACAUUGUGUCCGUAACUUUCACACUAACAUAAAUCCGCCAUCGUAUACUGCGACAUGUGAAUUAAGAGCUAGAUCUUUUUCUAGGAAUUCAUUUUUAACUUUCGAAAGUUUAAAGCAACGGCAUCGUUUCCAUAUUGAAUUGAAAUUUGCAACGGUUCAUGAAAAUGGACUUCUUUUAUAUAAUGGUAGAUAUAAUGAAUUACACGAUUUUAUAGCAUUGGAAAUUUUAGACGGCAACUUAUCGUUUUCAUUUUCAUUGGGUGACUCAAUUAAGUCUGUAUCAAUUAUAAACAACAAAAAAAUCUCGGACGGCCAAUGGCAUACAGCUGAAGUAAUUUACUUAAAUCGUUCAGUUACACUCGUAUUAGAUAGGUGUGAUACUGCGGUUGCCUUAUCUGGUAAAAAUUUCGGAGAUAAAUGGCGUUGUGCUAACCACACCACUUUGGUUUUAGAUAAAAAGUGUGCCUCAUUAACCGAAACAUGCCAUCGCUUUUUAGAUUUAACCGGUCCUCUACAAGUUGGUGGUUUGCCUAGAAUAUCAGCGAAUUUUCCUGUGCAAACUCAAGAUUAUAUGGGUUGUAUUUCAGAUUUAAAGAUUGAUAAUCGUUAUGUUGAUUUAAAUGCCUUUGUUGCUGAUAAUGGUACAAUAUCAGGGUGUCCGCAGAAAUCAUCUCAAUGCAAUUCAGAACCUUGUUUCAAUGGAGGAAUAUGUAGAGAAGGUUGGAAUACACAUAUAUGUGAAUGUCCAGAAGGAUUUACUGGUAAUGCUUGUCAAGAAAAUGUUCCGCUACCAUGGAGAUUUUCAGGCGAUGGUUUACUUAGCUUCAAUCCACUACUACGUCCAAUUCAGCUUCCAUGGUUUACAGGUCUUUCCAUACGUACUUGGCAAAAGAACGCGUUUUUAUUACAGAUACAAGUAGGUCAGAAUAGUACAGUUGUUAUUUGUUUGCGUCAGGGCAUGUUAUAUUACAUAUAUGACAACGAGCCAAUAUAUUUAACUGGAACAAAUUUAGCAAAUGGCGAAUGGCAUCGAAUUGAAAUCAAAUGGUUGGGGACGGAAAUACAAAUGUCUGUUGACUAUGGUCAACGUAAUGGCGUAGUACCAAUGUUUCAAAAAAUCCAAGGACUUUAUGUUGGUAAAAUAGUCAUUGGAAGCCCAGAUGGAGUAAUGGGUGACAUUCGAGAAUUAGACAAUUACGAAGGUUGCAUACAAGAUGUGAGAAUCGGUGGAAUUCAGUCUAUUUUAAACAGACCUACAAUUAGGGAAAAUGUUGAAGAUGGGUGCAUGUCUCGUACUGAAUGUCCUGAAACAUGCCCAUUGCAAUCAACCUGUGUUACCGGAUGGGAUCAAGCACAUUGUGAGUGUUUAAAUGGUUUCGUGGGAGAAGAAUGUGCACCUAUUUGUACCGUGUCUCCUUGUGCUGCAGGACAAUGUCGUGCAGAUAAUCUAGAUAAAAGAGGGUAUCGUUGCCAGUGCAACAGUACCACACAAUCGGGAGAGUAUUGUGAAAUUAAUCUUCAGCAACCAUGUCCAGGAGGUUGGUGGGGAGAAAAAGUAUGUGGACCAUGCAAAUGUAAUUUAAAACAGGGAUAUCAUCCGGAUUGUAACAAGACCACAGGACAAUGUUAUUGCAAGGAUAAUCACUAUCAACCAGUAAACGAAACUGCUUGCUUACCUUGCGACUGUUAUUCAAUUGGUUCUUACAGCGGAGGAUGUGAUAAACUAAGUGGACAAUGUGAAUGUAGAGAAGGUGUUAUCGGAAGACGUUGCGAUUCUUGUUCAAACCCUUAUGCUGAAGUUACGUUAACAGGUUGUGAAGUUGUUUAUGAUGCUUGUCCAAAAUCAUUUUCAGCAGGAAUAUGGUGGCCUCGAACAGAUUUGGGUAAAAUAGCUAUCGAAAAUUGUCCUUCGCCCGCUCAGGGGAAAGGUUCGCGACAAUGUGAUAGCAAAUCAGGCAAUUGGGGUGCAGCUGACAUGUUUAAUUGUACCUCUGAAGCAUUCGUCGAAUUACGCAAGCAGUUAUCUCAAUUAGAAAGAAUGGAAUUGGAACUAAAUUCAUUCAUUUCCGUAAAAAUGGCAGAAAAUCUAGGUCAAGCUUGUACACUUGUUGGUGGAAAAAAUUUAGACAAAAAAGAUACAAGGGACAAUGGCCGUAGAUAUAAAAUGGAAUCCUCAUUUUUAUUGAAUGAAGGAAAUAAUAUUUGGUCUGAAGAAUUUGAAAUUGCAUAUUUGUCAGACGAAAUUAAAUUUAUUCACGAUAAACUGUAUGGAGCAGAUCUAUUAGUUACGGAGGGGCUUUUACAUGAGUUAAUAAACUAUGAACUUAUGCAGAACGGUUUGAAUUUAUCUCAUAGUCAAGAUAAAUACUUUAUCAAAAAUUUAGUUGACAGUGCGGGAACUAUAUUAGAUAAAAAGUAUCGCCCGGAAUGGAAUCGGGUAAUGCAAUUAAUAAGAAGAGGUCCAGAUGAUUUAAUUGACGCUUUCAACAAAUAUAUGAUCACUUUAGCUCGUUCUCAGCAUGAUACAUACACAAAUCCUUUUGAAAUAGUACACAACAAUAUGGUGUUGGGUCUAGAUAUUGUUACUGCUGAAUCUUUAUUUGGAUAUGAACCGGAGCAAUUAAGCGAAUACCAUAAAGCUAAGUUCUUGAAGCCUAAUCAGUUUACAACCGAAAAAGUAAUUCUACCUGAUACAAGCGGAUUCUUACAACAUUCUGCUAAACAAAAACCCGUAAUUUCAUUCCCGAAAUAUAAUAAUUAUUUACUUGAUAAAAAGAAAUUUGAUAAAACAAGCAAAGUACUUGUUCCAUUAGACAUGCUAGGUAUAAGGCCUCCAGAAAAAAAUACUGUCAGUCAAAGCGGCUCUAGUAAUUAUCGAGUAAUUGUCAGUUACGCACAGUAUAAAGACGUUGGGCAACUUUUUCCAGAAGCUUUUGAUGACACAGUAACUCGACGCUGGGGAGUUGAUAUACAAAUCGCUUCUCCAAUAUUAUCACUCGCAAUCUUAAUCCCAGGUAGUGAAAUUGAAUCUUCUCAAGAAAUAUCUUCACCAAUGAAAAAAUAUCCAAAGUACUCAACUGAUAGCAGCGUUGAAACAUUUAGCAAUUCAAAAAAUACAGAAUCAAGAAACUCUGAGGAAAAUCUGCAUCAUGAAGAUAUAAAAAUUAUGGCACACGACAUUCAAGAAGAAAAUAGUGAAUUAGAUGAAACCCCUGAAAUAAAAGUCAGAUUCAAUGAGGAAGACGUUCAAAUUGAUGAAGAUCGGGUAGAAAUAGGCGGAAGUGUUGAACACGAUGAGCCAUCAAUAGAAAAUACAGAUACCUCUGACGAAAUAAAGAAAAUUGACUCGUUAGUAAUCAGAGAAAAUGAAUCUACAUACUCUAAUGAAAAACGUUUGGUCAAGCGUGAAAUAAAAGAUAACAACGGUUAUACAGAUUCGCAAUAUGAAAAUAUCAACGAAAAACGAAUAAUUUAUAGAUCGUUAGGGUCACCACAUUUGUCUCAACCAAUCCAGUUGCAAAUGUGGCUCGAUAUCGAUCCGUUCCGCUUUGGAGUGCGUUCAAAUCCCCAAUGCGUACGUUGGAACUCUUUCACAAAUCAAUGGACACGUUUAGGCUGUCAAACCGAAAUACCGAAUUAUGAUGAAUAUAUAUACGGCCAGCCUAUCACAAUCAACUGUUCUUGUACACAUAUUUCUAAUUAUGCUGUCCUGGUAGAUGUUAUUGAUCCUGAGGACAUUCCAGAACCCUCGUUAUUAGUACAAAUUACAUCAUAUUCCGCGUUUAUGAUAUCUUUACCUAUGUUGGUAUGCGUACUUAUAGCUUUAGCAUUGUUACGUGGUAUGCAAACAAAUUCUAAUACUAUACAUCAAAACAUUGUACUAUGUGUUUUCUUUGCUGAAUUACUUUUCUUCAUUGGAAUGCAAUCAAGACGUAAUCUUCUUGAAAAUGAAUUUCCUUGCAAAUUAGUCGCAAUUUGCUUACAUUACUUUUGGUUAGGUAUUUUUGCUUGGACAACAGUUGAUUGCAUUCACUUAUACCGUAUGUUAACUGAAAUGCGGGAUAUAAAUCACGGUCCUAUGGGCUUUUAUUUCGCAAUGGGAUAUGGAGCUCCAGCUAUUGUUGUUGGCUUAUCUGUUGGCGUUCGAGCACAUGAAUAUGGAAAUAGUUUGUUUUGUUGGCUAUCAGUUUAUGAACCAGUUGUAUGGUGGUUAGUUGGACCAAUAGCUGGAAUGUCAGUCAUUAAUCUAUUAAUUUUAUUUGUGUCAGUAAAAGCAGCAUUUACCUUAAAGGAUCAUGUCUUAGGUUUUGGCAAUCUACGUACUUUAUUAUGGUUAUCGGUUGUAUCUCUACCAUUGAUGGGUGUAAUGUGGGUAUUAGCAGUUUUGGCAGCGUCUGAUAACUCCCAAUUUCUAUGUAUAUUACUUUCAUCCGUAGUAUUACUACAUGCUAUAUUUUGUUUGAUUGGUUAUUGUAUAAUAAACAAAAGAGUACGUGAGAAUUUACAUAGAACAAUAUUAAGAUGCAUGGGACGCAAAGUACCAUUAUUAGAUUCUUCCUUAGCAGUUAGUAGCAGUUCUCACAACGUAAAUGGCAGAAACGGCAAUGGGAAUAUUAAUGGAAGUAACUUUUUAGCAUCAAAUUACGACACAGCUAGAAGAAACAUUGGUAUAAGUGCAUCUAGUACCACAUCAAGAAGUACAGCCAAAACCAGUUCCAGUCCUUAUAGCGACGGUCAGCUUAGACAUACAUCAACAUCAACAUCAAAUUACAACUCUGGAAGUGAAGCUGCACAUUAUGGAAUUAGGGGUUUCAGUGAUAAUAGAAAACAAAGUGGAGAAAAAAGGCGUCACAGAAAAGAUUCAGAUUCUGGAUCUGAAACUGAUGGCCGCAGCUUGGAAUUAGCAAGUAGUCAUUCAAGUGAUGAUGAAGAAUCUCGUGUCGGUCGUAAUAAUAAUAACAACAGUAACGCAAAUAAUACAAAUACACAUCGUAACACGAGUACUACGAAUGCUCCCAACUAUUUACCAAAUAUAACCGAACACGUACAAGCUACAACACCACCUGAAUUAAACGUAGUUCAAAGUCCACAACUAUUUCCAUCAGUAAAUAAACCAGUUUAUGCACCACGUUGGUCAAGCCAAUUACCAGAAGCCUAUUUACCACAAAAUAUAGGAAGCGGUAUUCAAACAUCAAAUAAUCAACUAAACUCAUCAUCAGGAAAUAUUGGACGGUGGUCACAAGAAACAGGUUCUGACAACGAAAUGCAUUCACAUAAGACUAUUUCACCCAAUCCACUACCAAAUCCUGAUUUAACGGAUACAUCAUAUUUACAUCAACAUCAAAAUAAAAUUAACAUGCCACCUUCAAUAUUAGAAAAUAUUCAAAAUAUUCGUAAUGAUAAUAAUGGAAGUUGUUAUGAAUUAGAGCAAGAUUUAUAUACAACAGACGCACAUAUUAUUAGUAGGCGGAAAGACUAUCAAGAUAAUUAUGGACCACCGUAUGAAGCAACAACAUUAGGUCAUUUACACCACACAACGUCAACAAAUGCAACAAACACAAACAUUUUAAAUUCAAAUACUUUGAGUGGAUAUAAGCCGCCUAGUCAUUACGGAAGUGAAAAAGAAUAUAUAACUAGUAACGUUAGUAAUAAUGGUAGUAAUAAACAAGUUAUUAAUCAUUUGAGAACAUUUCAUGCUGUUGACAAUCCAUAUUUAAAAGACAUUUAUGAUAAACAAAAGCCGGUAGAAUAUUUGGGAAUCAAAAGUGAAUCACCAUAUAUAUCUAAAGAGCGAUUACAUCAACAAGAUAUAUAUUCAUCAAGAGAAGCACCAUACUCAAUAAAAUCACCACCCCCUUUAUAUGGUGAUUCAAUUCAUUCAUUAUUGAAAAAUGAUUUUCAUCAAAACCAACAACAGCAGCAGCAACAACAAAGACAUUUAGAUUAUCAUUCAGACAGAAUGUCGGAGGGAUCAGAUAAAAAUGGUUAUCAUUUUCCAUAUACAGCUGAAGAAGAUCAUGUAACGAUGGGUUCAUUACAAAGAAAUUUAAAUAAUCAUCAUCAUAAUAAUAGUGUCGUUAAUGAUAUAAACAAUCCUGGUGUUACAACAAAUGGUAGCAGAAUGUCCUCCCGUCAUGGAUCAAGAGCAUCGUCUCCACCUAGUAUAAAUACCACAAUGCAACCGAUGGCACCAUUAACAAGUAUAACUGAUACUAGCGAGAGGAGCAUUGAUAUAGAAGACGAUGAAACAACAGUAUGAUGAAAGUUGAAAUCUAUAGAAUAUUAUUAUUAAAAUUUGGAAAAACGAAGAAGAAACCUUAAUCAAAUUAAAUUAAUUUGUAAACAUACAUAAAUAAAACUACAAAAAUAAUUAAAAAUUUAUAUUUAAAAAUAACGAUAAGAAAACGAAAAAAUGUGUUUAUGAGUGUUAACUGUGUGUAAAAUAAAAAAAACUAUUUAUAUAUAUAUAUAUAUAAUAGGUGCUAAAGUAAUAUAUUUGUAAAUAAAUAUAAAAUGAAAAUUUAAUUGUAUGCAUGUACAUAUAGCUAUAUUUAACGUAUAUACUAUACUUAAAAAAUUAAUCUGAUUAUUUAAAUUUAGUAUAGGGCGAUGCAAAAAAAUUUUUAUUUUUUGUUGAUUUGGAUAAACAUAUACAUAUACAAAAAGAAUCCUUUCCGGUCUGCUUCGGGAUUCCCACAUGACUUUUUCGUUGCCACAAUUGUUACUGUCAACAAGCAAAUUUCUUUUUUAUUCAAAUACAAUCUGGUUUAGAUUUGACCAAAAAUAUUGGAUUUGGCAAUAUCAAAUAAUUUUUAAUCCAAAUCACAAAAAGAAUCAACAAGUUAUUUUUACGGUCUGUUUUUUGCAUAUUUUUAUGUGGCAUUACAUGUGUAUACGUGCACAUACA